AUGUAUUCUCGUAUUUGGAUUACAAGUGCGAAUGCAUCACUUUCGGCAAUAGGCAAUGUCUACUAUAACAUGAGCUAUAAUUCAACAAGCACCAUAAUCACUCGUCUGAUUGUAAAAUAUCAAAUAACUUGUGCUGCUCAAUGUGCAAAUCAAUUUGCUAAUUGCAGUACUGCUGUAUUUGAUAGUUUGACUAUUCCUCAAUCUACUCUGAUCUUACAUGGUUGGAAUGCAAUGGGCAACACUGUAGCUGGUGCGAGUAACGGUUCUGCAGGCAAAGCAGCUAAUCUGCUCACUAGUCCAUAUGGAACCGCAUUGGGUUCAUUCAACUCACUUUAUAUUGCCGACUUUAUCAACAAUCGCAUACAAAAAUGGAUGAUCAAUGCAUCGAAUGGUACAACGGUGGCUGGUCUAUCCAAUGCCACUGCUGGUGCAAGCUCAAUUGCUUUGAACUUGCCUGUCAGUGUUGUGCUUGAUUCUAAUGAUAAUAUGUAUUUUACAGACAGAAAUAACCAUCGAGUUGUAUAUUGGGCAAAUGGUGCAUCAUCUGGCAAUACGAUUGCCGGUAUUACAGGUAUUGCGGGAUCUACAAAUAAUACCUUCAAUUGGCCGUGUGGUAUAGCCCGUGACUCAAGCACAGGUACACUUUAUAUAGCCGAUAAUCUCAAUCAUCGUAUAAUGAGAUAUCUCGUGAAUGCUUCUUCGGGUACAGUAGUUGCUGGUGGAAAUGGUGCAGGAUCUGGUAUUACACAAUUGUACUAUCCGUAUGGUUUUGCUUUUGAUGCAUCCUCAAAUAGUCUUUUAAUUGCUAAUUGUCCAAACAAUAAUAUUGUUCGUUGGGUAUUAGGUGCAAGUAGCUGGACACUCGUUAUUGGCAGUUCUACGGGAUUAAGUGGUAGCACAUCGACACUUCUCAAUCAACCGGUCGGCAUCACUUUAGAUCCAUUAGGCAAUAUCUAUGUAGCUGAUUCAGGAAAUCAUCGCAUUCAGUUUUUCUUUGCAGGCCAAUCCAAUGGCACAACCAUUGCUGGCGUCACAGGUUCACCUGGUAUUAGUCAGAAUCAAUUAUAUUCUCCAUAUUGGAUAAUAGUUGAUAAUCAACUGAAUUUGUAUGUAUCCGAUCAUAAUAACAACCGAGUUCAAUUUUUUUCACAUCAUUAA